CAAAGUUUAACUUCCGGGUGUGUAAGCUAACAUGGCGGAUAAAGAAAAGAAGAAGAAGGAAAGCAUAUUUGACUUGUCUAAGUACAUCGACAAGCCGAUUCGUGUCAAGUUUCAAGGAGGACGAGAAGCUAGUGGUGUCCUGAAAGGGUUCGACCCUUUAUUGAACCUUGUACUGGACGGUACCAUCGAGUAUAUGCGAGAUCCUGAUGACCAGCUCAAGCUGACAGAAGACACCAGGCAACUGGGGCUGGUGGUCUGCAGGGGGACCUCGGUGGUGCUCAUUUGUCCCCAGGACGGCAUGGAGGCUAUUCCCAAUCCUUUCAUACAGCAGCAGGAUGGCUAACACGCCAGCUGUCAUACAUUUGUACAUGCACAGAUGAUAUUUUGAAAAUAGUUUUUUUUUUUUCCCCAUUUUAAAAUCAUAGUAGCUGUCAUGUUUUGUUUUUUAAAAAAUGUGUAAGUUUGUCAGCUAAAAAAACUUGCAAGCACUUCACUUUGUGGUGUGUGAAUUUCAGUUGAGGCUUGGAAAAUGUACAUUUUCUUUUGUUGAGAAUGAGUCAACCCUGUACCAUUUGUUCUGGUUUUUGAUAAUAAAAAUAAAACUUGAGUUUUA